AUGAGUGCUUUGCUCUACUUUUCAUGCAGAAUGGAAGCUGAUGAGAUCGUAAGCUCGAUCAAGAACCAACUCCCAGUAUCGCUACAUCAAGUCGCUGGUUUACCAGGGCCUAGCAUCUUCAAGGUACGAUCUGAUCUCAAGAAAGAGAACCUAGGAGUCUUCGACCCCAAGGUUAUCUCCAUAGGGCCAUACCAUCAUGGCAAGCCCAGCCUAGCACCUAUGGAAACGGUAAAACGAAGGCUCGUGAAGCAACUGCUAGAUCGAUGUGUUGCAGGAAUAUUGGAACGGUGUGUCACUACUGUACUUGGUGCCGAAGUCUUGGUAAGGGCUGAAUAUGCUGCCAAAAUUUCUCAAGAACGACAAGAAUUCGUAGAGCUCAUGGUAAUUGACAGUUUCUUCUUAAUAGAGUUUAUGUGGCUCUAUCACCUCGGAAGAAUAGAGCAUUUGGCAUGUGAGUUGUCCUCGGUAAAUUGCAGCAUUUAUCUCGUAGUAAACGACUUGGUGUUGAUCGAAAAUCAGAUUCCAUUCUCAGUGCUGAAUCGUUUACGUCUCGCCAUUAUGAACCACCACAGAGAUAGAUUAUUUGAUCCCCUGCCAUCUUUAAUACAGUUGGGAAGUUGCAUUCUGAAAAUGGCAGGCUUAGAGGUAGAUACUGAAAUUUUCCACCUUUUGGAUCUCUCACACUCCUCUUACAAACAUGUGCACAACAUCUCUGAUUUUAGGCACUUAGGGUUUUCAGAAAACAUCCCUUGUGCUAGAGAGUUACAAGAAGCUGGUGUGAGGCUGAAGAAAAGAGGGUUUGUUGGUCAUUAUACAAAAAAUUUACUUAGAGCGUCAUUCAAGAAUGGGACUCUAGAAAUCCCCACCUUCUCUGUGGAUGAGUCUACACAUUCUAUUUUUAAGAACCUCGUUGUCUACGAACAGUGUCGUCGUGACAAAGAGAGCCCCUUCACCAGUUAUGCGCUCUUCUUAAGUAACAUCGUGACCACUGAGGAAGAUGUUGCGAUACUUCGACAGCAUGGAAUAUUAAGGAGCAAGCUGGGAAGUGAUCAAGAAGUCGCUCACAUUUUCAGCACAAUUUUAAAAGGAGUACGAUUGAAUUAUGACAGACAUCAUUAUGUUGAGUUGUUUGCAGAUGUGAAUAAGUUUUGUCAGUCUGUUUUACCCAGAUGGAGGGCAGCACUGGUGAAGGACUACUUCAACAAUCCAUGGACGAGUAUUUCUGUCCUCACAGCCAUCUUGGUUCUAGUAUUUUCUGGACUGCAGACAAUUUAUACUGUUCUCGAUCAUUAUGGAGGAUAG